AAUACACUUUUAGAUCUCGCGGAAAGGGGUCGGUGACGGGAAUAUUAUGUCCUCUCUUCUCCGUUCUUGUGAGGAGGAUGAGGGCACGGCGGUUAAUUCCGAGGGAGGAGAUUUUGAUGAAGAAGACGACGGAGACCUGGACGAGAACGCAAGCGACAUAAACUCGCCGGCGGCGCCUAGAGAAACUGCAGCAAGAGCCGCGCCAGAUGACGGAGACGAUGUCGGCGAGACGUCGGACAGAGAGAGCCUGGGGAAAAAGAAACGAGGCCCCAAAAAAAAGAAAGAGACAAAGAAAAAAGACAAGAACAAGGAGGGGAAGAUGCCCAAAGCGCGCAAGCGCAAAAAAAUGGACAGUGACGUAGAAAGAGACUCAGAUGCAGACUAUGGCGUGAACUCUGACAGUGCUGCCAGUGAUUAUGGAGUUGAGAAGAAAAAGAAGAAAAAACACAAGGACAAAAAAGAGAAGAAAACCAAGAAAAAAAAGAAAGAUGAUGAAGACAGCACACACGAGGAGACCACAAAGCCAGUAGAGUUGAAGACGUCAGCACAACUGGCUAAAGACUGGGGUUUAGAGGAUGUUGAUCACACCUUCACAGAGGAGGAUUACCGUACACUAACCAACUACAAAGCCUUCAGCCAGUUCAUGAGACCCAUGAUUGCUAAGAAGAACCCUAAAAUCCCCAUGUCUAAGAUGAUGACCAUUCUUGGGGCCAAAUGGCGGGAAUUCUGUUCCAAUAAUCCGUUCAAAGGUUCGGCAGCAGCCAUUGCUGCUGCUGCUGUUGCCGCUGCAGCAGCCGUUGCCGAGCAGGUCUCAGCAGCAACAGCCUCCCCUGAACCUCCUCCUCAGCUACCACCACUUCGCAAGGCCAAAACCAAAGAGGGGAAAGGCCCUGGCUACAAGAAACGCAGUAAGAGUCCUCGUGUCUCAGACAAGAAGAAGCCGAAACCCAAGAAAAUGGCUCCAAUUCGCAUCAAACUGGGAGCACUGGGCAACAAGAGAAAGAAGAGCAGCUCGAGUGACGAGGCAGAAGAAGAUGACUCUGAGCAGGAGAAUUCAAGCGUUCACAGUUCCUCAGUGCGUUCUGACAGCUCAGGACGUGUCAAGAAGAACAAGAGGGGUCGCCCGGCAAAGAAAAAGAAAAAGGUGCUGGCCGACGAAGACGGUGAUGGCUAUGAAACAGACCAUCAGGACUACUGUGAGGUGUGUCAGCAGGGAGGGGAGAUCAUUCUGUGUGAUACAUGUCCUCGAGCGUACCACCUGGUGUGCCUGGAGCCUGAGCUGGAGAAAGCCCCUGAGGGCAAGUGGAGCUGCCCUCACUGUGAGAAGGAAGGGAUCCAAUGGGAAGCAAAGGAAGAAGACUUUGAGGACUUCGAAGAGGAGUGUGAUGAUGUCCGGGAUGUGGAGGUGGGGCUGUGUGGAGAGGAAGAGGAGGAUGAUCACAUGGAGUUUUGUCGCGUGUGUAAAGAUGGAGGAGAGCUGCUGUGCUGCGACUCCUGCCCGUCAUCCUAUCACAUUCACUGCCUAAACCCCCCACUGCCUGAGAUACCCAACGGAGAGUGGCUGUGUCCACGCUGCACUUGUCCACCAAUCAAAGGGCGAGUGCAGAAGAUUCUACACUGGCAAUGGGGUGAACCCCCACCGCCUGUACCUGUCCCUCCACCCCCAGAUGCACCCCCUGAUGCCCUACCCCUUCCACCCAUGAAGGGCCGUCCAGAGAGAGAGUUCUUUGUGAAACUGGCAGGACAGUCUUACUGGCACUGUACCUGGAUUACAGAACUACAGCUGGAGAUUUUCCACUCUGUGAUGUUCCGGAACUAUCAGAGGAAAACAGACAUGGAUGAGCCGCCCAGUCUGGACUACGGCUCUGGGGGAGAGGAGGAUACAGGGAAGAGUGAGAAGCGGAGGGCCAAAGACCCUCAAUAUGCCAUCCUGGAGGAGAAGUACUAUCGCUAUGGCAUCAAGCCAGAGUGGAUGAUGUUGCACAGGAUAAUCAACCACAGCUUGGAUAAAAAGGGGAACUACCACUACCUGGUUAAAUGGAGAGAUCUGACCUAUGACCAGUGUACUUGGGAGAGAGACGAUCUGAACAUCCCUGAGUUUGCAGGGCACAAAGCUGCCUACUGGAGACACAGGGAGGAAGUGAUGAAGGAAGACCCAGAGAAGCCUAGGAAGAUGAGGAAGAGAGAGGAGAAUGAUGAAGCUCCAGGCACCCCUGUUAAUGAUCCCACAAUCAAAUAUGAAGAGCAGCCUGACUUUGUGACAGAGACUGGAGGGACGCUGCACCUCUACCAGCUUGAAGGGUUGAACUGGCUGCGCUUCUCCUGGGCUCAGGGCACUGACACCAUCCUGGCUGAUGAAAUGGGGUUGGGCAAGACCAUCCAGACUAUCGUCUUUCUCUACUCACUGUUUAAAGAGGGUCACACUAAAGGCCCGUUCCUGGUAAGUGCACCACUCUCCACAAUCAUUAACUGGGAGAGAGAGUUUGAAAUGUGGGCCCCCAACUUCUAUGUGGUCACUUACACCGGAGACAAGGACAGCCGCGCCAUCAUCCGUGAGAAUGAGUUCUCCUUCGAAGACACAGCGGUGAAGGGAGGAAAGAAGGCCUUCAAAUUACGGAGAGAAGCUCCCACGAAAUUCCAUGUUUUGCUGACAUCCUAUGAGCUGGUGACCAUAGACCAGAACGUUCUCAAAUUCAUCGACUGGGCCUGUCUGGUGGUGGAUGAAGCCCACCGCCUCAAAAACAACCAGUCCAAGUUUUUCAGGAGACUGAAUGAUUACAAGAUUGACCAUAAGCUGCUGCUAACAGGAACUCCACUGCAGAACAACCUGGAGGAACUUUUCCAUCUGCUCAACUUCCUGACACCCAACCGCUUCAAUAAUCUAGAGGGUUUUUUAGAGGAGUUUGCAGACAUCUCCAAAGAGGACCAGAUCAAGAAGCUGCAUGACUUGCUUGGGCCGCACAUGCUCCGGAGACUGAAAGCUGACGUGUUUAAGAACAUGCCGGCCAAAACUGAGCUGAUCGUGCGUGUGGAGCUAAGCCCCAUGCAAAAAAAAUACUACAAGUUAAUUCUCACUCGUAAUUUUGAGGCACUGAACUCUAAGGGAGGAGGAAACCAGGUGUCUUUGCUCAACAUAAUGAUGGACCUGAAAAAGUGCUGCAACCAUCCCUACCUCUUCCCUGUUGCUUCUGCUGAAGCUCCAAAAACUCUGAGUGGAGCUUAUGAAGGUGUAGGUCUCACGAAGGCCUCUGGGAAACUCAUGCUGCUGCAGAAAAUGCUCAGAAAGUUGAAAGAACAAGGCCACAGAGUGCUGGUGUUCUCUCAGAUGACAAAGAUGCUGGAUUUGCUGGAGGAUUUCCUGGAUAAUGAGGGUUAUAAAUAUGAGCGAAUUGAUGGAGGCAUCACUGGAGCUCUCAGACAGGAAGCUAUUGACAGAUUCAAUGCUCCUGGAGCAUGUCAGUUUUGUUUUCUUCUCUCUACACGAGCGGGCGGUCUGGGCAUCAACUUGGCCACUGCAGACACAGUCAUCAUCUUUGACUCUGACUGGAAUCCUCACAACGACAUUCAGGCCUUUAGCCGAGCUCAUCGCAUUGGUCAGGCCAACAAGGUGAUGAUCUAUCGUUUUGUGACUCGGGCCUCUGUUGAGGAACGAAUCACCCAGGUGGCCAAGAGAAAGAUGAUGCUCACACAUCUGGUGGUGCGACCUGGUCUGGGCUCAAAAGCUGGAUCCAUGUCCAAACAAGAGCUGGACGACAUCCUCAAAUUUGGCACUGAGCAGCUUUUCAAGGAUGAGAUUGAAGCAGGGGACAAUAAGGACGAAGACAGCAGCGUAAUUCACUACGACAACGCUGCCAUUGAGCGUCUUCUUGACCGCAGCCAGGAUGCCACGGAUGACUCCGACAUGCAGAACAUGAACGAGUAUCUCAGCUCUUUCAAGGUGGCGCAGUACACCGUCAGAGAAGACGACAAGAUCGAGGAGAUUGAGAGAGAAAUCAUUAAGCAGGAAGAGAACGUGGAUCCUGAUUACUGGGAGAAACUCCUGAGGCAUCACUAUGAGCAGCAGCAGGAAGAUCUGGCCCGCAAUCUCGGCAAAGGAAAGAGAGUCCGCAAGCAGGUCAACUACAAUGAUGCAGCCCAGGAGGACCAAGAGUGGCAUGCUGACAUUUCAGAUAACCAAUCAGAAUACUCCGUGGGCUCAGAGGAGGAAGACGAGGACUUUGAUGAGAGACCUGAGGGUCGCAGACAGUCACGCAGGCAGCUUAGAAAUGAGAAGGAUAAGCCACUGCCCCCCCUAUUGGCCAGAGUGGGUGGCAACAUUGAGGUAUUGGGCUUUAAUACACGCCAGAGGAAGGCCUUCUUGAAUGCUGUGAUGAGGUGGGGGAUGCCCGCUCAGGAUGAUUUCUCGUGCCAGUGGCUGGUGCGAGACCUCCGUGGCAAGAGUGAGAAAGAGUUCAAGGCUUACGUGUCGCUCUUUAUGAGGCAUCUCUGUGAGCCGGUGGCUGACGGCUCUGAGACGUUUGCUGAUGGUGUUCCACGGGAGGGGCUCUGCAGGCAGCCGGUCCUCACGCGUAUAGGGGUCAUGUCUCUGGUCAAGAAGAAGGUGCAAGAGUUUGAGCACAUUAAUGGGAAAUGGAGCAUGCCUGAACUGAAGCCAGAGAUUACUGUGGAUUCCAAGAAAUCUUCAAGAGCCUCUUCACCUGCCAUUAAGACCGACACUCCUACACCUGAACCCAGCUGCAGCAAUACACCCUGCACCUCCAAACCAGCCACUCCAUCUCAACCUGACAAGAUAGAAAAGAGCGAGAAAGAGGGUGAGAAACAUGAGUGCGAGCACCAGACAGAGUCUGAAAAAGGGAAAGAGAAGGAGGAAGCAAAAGAAGGAAAGGAGGGGGAGAGUGCCAAAAGCACAGAGCAUGGAGAGACCUCCACCACAGUGAAAGACAGCGAGAAGGAUUUCUCAACCAAUGGAAAAUCUCAGACAUCUGAAGGUCCCACAACUGCUACUGAUGACUCUAAAAUAAAAGAAAACCCUGACAUUCCUCCAUGCUCUCCCAAAGAAAAGAGUGAGAAAGAGAAACAAGUGGAGGAGAGCUCUGAGAAAGUGUCCUCCCCAGACAAAAUGAAGGAAGAUUCUACGUCUGAUUCCCCAUCCAUUAAGGACGAGAGCAAAGAUGGUGUGAAAGGGGAGAAGGGAGAGAAAAAAGAGAAGGCAGGUGAAGAGAAAAAGAAGACUGAGGUGACAGCUCCCACGGGAACAACAGAAAAGAAAGAGAAAACAGACGGUCAAUCUUCUGAUGUAAAAAAAGAGGAGGUGAAGUGUGAAAAAGAUGCUGGGAAAGAGGUCAGAGGGCCGAGGGAGGAAGUACCCAAAGGCAACAGCAACCCCACAGAGCGUCCACGAUUCAUGUUCAACAUCGCAGAUGGUGGCUUCACAGAGUUACACACUCUUUGGCAGAACGAGGAGCGGGCAGCCAUUUCAUCAGGCAAGAUCAAUGAGAUCUGGCACCGUCGACAUGACUUCUGGCUGUUGGCAGGCAUUGUGUGUCAUGGCUAUGCACGGUGGCAAGACAUUCAGAACGACCCGCAGUAUGCCAUCAUCAACGAACCAUUCAAAACUCAAGCCAACAAGGGAAACUUCUUAGAGAUGAAGAACAAGUUCCUCGCCAGACGGUUUAAGUUGCUGGAGCAGGCCCUGGUGAUAGAGGAGCAGUUGCGUCGGGCUGCGUACCUCAACAUGACGCAGGACCCCACUCACCCGGCCAUGGCCCUGAAUGCUCGUUUCACUGAGGUGGAAUGUCUGGCCGAGUCCCACCAGCAUCUCAGCAAGGAGUCAAUCGCGGGAAACAAACCUGCCAAUGCCGUCUUGCAUAAGGUUCUUAACCAACUGGAGGAGCUUUUGAGUGACAUGAAGGCGGAUGUAACUCGACUCCCAGCCACACUCUCUAGAGUCCCUCCGAUCACAGCCCGUCUGCAGAUGUCGGAGAGAACCAUCCUCAGCAGACUGGCUAACAAAGGCAACGAGACACUCAUGUCACCGUCUAUUCCUCCGGGCCCCUACGCCACGCCACAGAUCUUUGGUUCCCAUUUCACACCUGCAUCUUCAGCGGCUCUCACUCUGGCAGGGGCCAAUUACAGCCAGAUGCCCCUUGGCUCCUUCAUAUCAGUGUUGAACGGGCCCCCCAUGUCAGUAAAGAAAGAGAGAGAUGUGGAGCUUCUGAUGGCACGAAGGGAACAGCGCAGUGGGGAGGUGAUCUGCAUCGAUGACUGAAUUCAGCCCCUCUCAACACACACACACACACACACAUGCUGAGUCAGUCAAAGGACAUCUGCAUGCAAAUGUAAACAACUAUUCCUUCAGAACACGCAUACGGUAGAUGCAGACGUGCACCUGCAACCCUACAGUUUGAUGAAUGAACACAGACUAUCCUCAGUAUCACGGCAGCACUUUCAUGACACCUCGCGUUACAGCUACUUGUUAUUCAGCAGAGCAGUUGGUUUCCACACACACAUACACACACACACACACACACACACACAGAUACUGUAUUUAUCUUCCUCUCAUACUAUCUAUCCCAAACCAGCCUCUCAAUUCAGGUAUCUCUGAGCAGUUCAAUCACACUCACACGUUCAUCCGUUUCGCUAGCGCCUCUUGUCACAGACAUGAAGCUGCAUGUAUUUGGAAAAGCAUUCGCCAAGCUUUAUUUCACCCGCAGUGAUUUGUUUUCUGACAGCAUGCUCUUCACAGUCCAUGGGUUAGUCAAGCAAAAUGCCCAAGCAUUAGCUGUGCCAACUUACUAGCAUAGUAAGUUGUAACUUUUCCAUGUCUCAACUGCACUCCUUAUUUUUUCAGAUUUCUCCUUUUUAUGAGCUCUUUGAUAUAGUUUUCCAUAUUUAAGAUCAGUUUCAUUGUGUUCUCCUGAUUUUAAUCCUUAUGAUUAUUGUUGUUGCUCUUAAUGUUGUCCUUGAUGAUACGAUUGCAAAGCUUCUACCAAAUGAAAAUAAUAAUUUAAAAAACAGUCAAAACAUUGAUACAUUGUAUGUUUGGUCCAUGACAUUUCUCUAAAGCGGACCUCUUGUAAUAAUAUUCAACGAAGAGGUUGGAUGAACUUCGGAAUGCUCGACAUCAUUACUAUCUAAUAAACAUUGCUGAUUAUCUAGAUUUGGGGCUUGCAAACAAAUAACCUUUAUGCAGUGGAUCACAUGUGGAACCGUAAAAUUGAAAACAUGUGAAUACAUAUAUUGAAAUAAGCAGAUGAAAUUUGCUUAUCCUUCUGCAUUUCCGUAAUGUUUCUUUGCGAUCUUUGGCUCCUACAUAUACACAGCCCUGUACUGUAAUCGCCUUAAAUGGUAAUACAACUGUAUAGAGUUAACCUGCAGAUGUGAACUCUUUAUAAGGCUGCAGUUGUACUAUCCUCAGCAAGGCCUCAAUUGAAACAGAACAUGAGUUGCAAUGUUAACUUAUUUGCUCCGGUCUCCAGCAUAGUUCCUCCUUUGUUGAAACUGAAAUAUUGCACAUUUUAUUGCUUGGUAUUAUUUGGGAGAGUUGUGUCAAAUCAAACUAUUUCUUUCUAUUUUUCCUUUCUGUCUUUCAGUAUUUGCAUUUCGUUCGUUUCCUGCUAAGCGUCACUGUUGUUGUGUUCCAGACAGUCAGUGACAAUGUUGUGAUUGACAUUCGGCACACCGAACGGAACAUGUUAAUAAUGCAUCUUUCUCUCUUUGUUUUGUUUGUAAUAAAAUAAAAAUUCAAAUGAGGACUUUUUGUAUUGCUGUGCUUGUUGUCAGGUUAGAAAAUAUGUUAUGUUGGAGAAGUUUCAGUAUUUCACUUUAAAUGGUAUGUCAAUUGUAAGUAUUAAAAAUAUAGUUAACACAAAUAUGAUAAUUCUCUCUUCAGUU